AUGCAUUGUGGUAACGCUUUACAGGGACGACGACUUCUUUUUAUUGAUCACCCAUCCCUUAACGAUAUGCAAGCCGAAAUGGCAACGGAGAUAUUGCAAAGCGACUUCUCUUAUGUAAUCUCGGCACCCACAGGAAGUGGAAAAACUGUUAUAUUUGAACUCGCAAUCUGCAAGUUUUUACCAGCUAUUGAGUUAGCGACUGGUAAAACAAGGCCUAUUUCACUUUACCUGGCUCCUCUGAAGUCCUUGUGUUCGGAACGCAUGACUGAGUGGCAUGACAAGCUGAAAACUCUCGGCUACACCUGCCUUGAGCUCACAUCUGAUUCACCACAUUAUGAAACAGAGGAACUAAUGCAGCACACGGUUCUCAUUGCAACGCCGGAGAAAAUCGACAGCCUACUGCGUUUUCAGGAGGGAAUGAAAGAUCUAGUAGCUCGAGUUACACUUCUAAUGGUGGACGAGAUCGCACAAUGGUUAUCUACCCCAGAUCGUCCCUGUUUAUGCAGAAGCUUUGGAUCACAGUUUCGACCAGUGCCAAUCACAAAGAUCGUAUUAGGUUACAGAAAGUCUCCACAAAGUUCUCUCUUCCAGUUUGAUCAGUUUCUCACUAAGAAACUUUUACCGCUUAUCCGUACAUACUCCCAGGGUCGUCCCACUCUCAUCUUUAGCAUUACCAGAAAAACCGUUGAAAACACGGCAGAGUGGCUGGCUCGUGGGGGAAUUUUGUGUUCGAAUAUACGCCAAGAACUUGUCGACAGUAUCUCGGGAGGCUUGCUUAAGGAGUGCUUAAGCAAAGGUGUUGGAUUCCAUCACGCUGGCGUUAGUCCAGUGGAUCGCCGACUGGUAGAAGAGGCCUUUGUAGACGGCUGUAUACCAGUCCUUGUAUCCACAAGCACCUUGUCAAUGGGAAUCAACCUGCCAGCCCACCUAGUAAUUAUAAAAAAUACUGCCCUCUAUGUAGAGGGAUCGACGCAGGAAUACACAACUAGGCAAAUGCUGCAAAUGAUCGGUCGUGCUGGCCGACCACAAUUUAGCACCUCAGCAACUGCAGUGAUAAUGACAACUUCUGCUAAAAAGGAGUACUAUGAGCAUUGGCUGGAGGAUGCUGAGAGUGUUGAAAGCAGCCUUCACACCUGUCUUAUAGAUCAUCUUAAUGUAGAGGUGGCACUGGGUCGAAUCCAGAGUAUGCAAGAUGUAAAUCAGUGGAUUUCUGGUACAUAUCUGGCUGUGCGUCUAGUAAAGAAUCCAUUAUACUAUGGCUCCAACAGAUUCCAAACAACUGCCUCGAUGGAUCUUAAAAGACUCUGUUUGGAUACUCUGGACAAAUUGAAGUCGAUUGGAGCUUUGAAAGUGUCAGCUGACAAUCAGGCAAUUGCGCCUUGCCUGACCGGAAAGCUAAUGUGUGAACACUUCCUCUCCGCCAGUACGAUGGAGUCCUUUCUUUGUCUUACUGGCUCCGAGACUAUCCUUGAUCUGAUUCACUACGUUGCCGGAUGUGCAGAAAUGCACGAGAUUUCCAUUCGCAGUCAGGAAAAGAGUCAAUUAAAUCGCAUUAAUCGUGCAACCGGAAUUCAGCGAUUGAGAUACCCAACAAAAGGUCGAAUCACCACACCACAAAUGAAAGUGGUCACGCUGCUUCAAGCUGAGUUGAAUGAUUUCGUUGUGCUCGAAGCGGGUCUUCAUCAGGAAAGCAGCAAAGCUCUCAAAGUAUUUACUCGCUGUGCUGCAGGCCUCCGCAACCUCCUCUGGGCAACCACUUCAAGUGGAAGCUGGGAUGCCGGGACAUUGGACGCGGACAAUCCUCCUCCGCCAGCAACCAUGGGCUUCGCCUGCAUGGCCCAUGUGAUUGAACUAGCCAAGGUGGUCAGUUAUCGUGUCUGGGCCGAUGCCCCUCUCGCCUCGCUGCGUCAACUGCCCGAUGUGGGCAAGGAAUACGCCAAUCAACUGGCUGAAGCUGGAGUGGUCUCACUCAAAGAUAUCGAGAGACUUGGACCAAGAAUGCUGGAACGGAUCCUUAAUCGAAAACCGCCUUUUGGUGAUAGAGUCUACGAGAGUGCUGUUGGCGUCCCCAAAUAUGAGCUCGCUGCUGAACAGGUAGCCACAGCUGCCCCUGACUACGUGGAGUUUGAGUUCACAGUUCGUCUUAUACGAGCCUGCAAGUUUGAUCAGGUCGCUCUCAUAGUUGGAGACGACAAAAAUCGCGUCAUCUUCAAGACUGUGCUUUCAAUUCUUUUACACGAGUAUAGAACAACGUUGAUUGAGUCAUCGGGUCAGUGGUCGCAUCGCGUUGUGGUUCACCACGAGUCAGAGGUUAGGCUCCUCUUCACCAGUCUAAUUAGCUUCAACUUUUUGGGCAUCGACUUGAAUAUCAAUUUUCCCAUUCCCUGGCUCGAGCCCUGCACCGGAGGCACGGAUCGAGGACUUACUACUACUCUUGCCAAUAUAAGCCAGGCUCUUCCAGUAACUGUUAGUCCCUACAUUCCAAGCUCUCCAGCUUCGGUGAAUUUGAAGAAGGAGCGUAAAAAGGAAACAUCAAAACAGGCGAAACCGUCUGCGCCAUUGUUCUCAACACCAAAAGGAGUGUGCAGCAGCCUAAAGCAGGCAAAUAUUCGUACCUUUUUCAAGACGACCAAAUCGCACUCUGAACAGGUACCAGAAGGCAAGUCGGGUAAGCAGUUAGCAGACAUCAGUCCCAUUCCGAAUACCGCCAACCUUCCAUCUACUCCAGCUCUUAAUAUCUCCGCGAUCAGCACUCCACACACUCAGAUGCCUCCUGAAACACCAUUUGCCGGUGAUCCUCCAUCCUUGCCUCCAUCUUCUCUCAUUCAAACACCCUCCGAAGUCGCACCAAAGAAGGCCAAAUGGGAGCAGGAUGCUGACGAUCGGAUUAGUCCCGAGACAGAUAAGAUGGUGGAAGAGGAGCUCUGUUCCUUUCUCGCCUCCGUAGAGGCGACUGAAGAAGAGCGCUCCGGUUUCAUUCACUACCGUCAGCUGGACUACACCAUCUCACCCAUUUUCCCCGUAGAUAUGGACGAGUCCUACGACCACACUACGUGCCUCAAACCGACCAAUUUGCCUGAGCCGAAUGCAUAUAACUCUACCACCAUUAGAUCCCCUGAAAAGGUAGUGGGAAGUGUGCAACCUAAGCAAUCUCCUGAUAGCUUCAAAACUCCCAAAGAGAUGCAACUCCACACCUCCCUUGAUGAUGUUUGUGAGUCCACGAGACGUGUUGAUCCCCCUAUCUUCAUGGUGCCGACAAGCAUAACUCCGUUGAGGCGUUUACUGAAGACUCAAAACUCCUUGCUCACACGGACACCCAGUACAGUAAAAUUGUCCAAGAAGGUGUCAUUUAGCAGUCUACUUCUACGCAAGUCAGACAGCGCCUGCUGUGAUACGGGCUAUAUCUCUUCACCACAGCCGUCGACUUCGAAAAAGUCUCAAAAUUCUGUCAAUUCGAUGGAGGCAAUGGCUGUGAAGGAGGUGGACAAAUUGGCCAGUCCUGUGUUUGCUGUUCAGGAGACUACUGAGGAGGGGCUCUUAAAACGGCAGGAGAUGGGGGUACUGAAAUCAGAAGCGCGGCCGUCGAGAAUGCUGGACUUUCAACUGCUGCAAGAGGGCUGGGAUCAGCUGGCAACGUUUAUCUUCUGCUAUAACAUCUUGGAAAAGCUUGAUUCUUCGAGCGCUGAAUUCGUGGCUAUAUCAGCACCGAGGACGCCACCACACAAUCCUACCGACUCCGCCUACCCGUCAACAGAUGUCCACGUCGCCUCCGCCGAUGUUGCUGCCGACGAUUUCUCCCCCAAUGGCAACAACGAACAUAAGCACUCGCAUCAACAGAGGUUAAUGCUGCAUCGCAAGGUGAUAUCAGCUGUCUGCACCCAGGCAUUGAAGACAGCCGUUAAGCUCCGGAUCGAGGGAACCACCUACCUGUUCAAUAAGAUUCUUCAACCUGCACGACCUAGAAGUGACUUGGCCUUGAAUUUGACCAAUCAGGUGAAUGCUCAACGCUGUAUUGCGUGGAGUCGUGGACUGGUCGAGAUUGCUCGGCUGUUGGUGAAGUUGAAAACCUCAGAAUUUACAGUCACUUCUGCUGGAGACGGAAAUUUAAAGUAA